CUUGAGCCGCGUCGUCACAACGCAGAGAGAGACCAGGGAGAGACGAUCAGAAUGCAUCAGUGACGUUUUGGAAAAGCCUCGUCUACUACAUUGAGACGGGCAGAAAGAAGCUUCUGCGAUGGACCAAACGAAAACGCCAGUUUCUCGGCUUCUCAAUACAUCCUGCGUUGAGAAUAAGGACGAUCUGGAAGAGAAAUUCGAAAGAUGCUACUUGGUGCUGCAAAAUUUAACUGCAGGACUGUCAGAGAAAGAAGCGCACGAUACGUUGAAUAAUGCUGUUUGCAAGGAGAAAACAUACGAGGAGGUUUCAUUGGGCUUACUUGUUGUAAUCCUCUCGGAACCGCAAAAUGCUGCCAAAAGUUACAGGGACUUAAAUUUGAUUUCAAAAGAUGGAUUAAAUAUUGUUUUGAAUCAUUUAAAUCAAUUAGUGUUGGAGAGAUAUUUACGAUUGAACGAUUGCGCUAGAAAUCAAUUACUUUGGUUAUUACGUGAAAUGAUAAGGAAUAGUGUCGUGAGUGUUGAUACGCUGUGUUUAAGUUUAUUGAGGCACGCGGCCGGUGGCGACACAUCGCCACGUAAUUUAUUUCUCGUCGAUGCACUUUUAGAAAUAUUUCAAGACAAUCGCCCUUGGCUGGAUAAAUUCCCCAUUUUAACAGCAUCAAUUGUUUAUACUUAUCUGCGAUUAAUUGAGGAUCACAGUGCAGCACAUUUGGCGAGUCUUAGGCAAAAGGAAGUCACCUUUAUGGUGAAUCUCAUUCGAGAGAGAUUGAUUGACUGUCUAGUUAUUGGAAGGGAUCUAGUACGCUUAUUGCAGAAUGUCGCGAGAAUACCAGAAUUUGAGGCAUUAUGGAAGGAUCUAUUGCUUAAUCCGAAGUCGCUUUGUCCAAAUUUCACUGGUGUUUUACAACUUUUACAAACUCGAACAUCGCGUCGAUUUUUACAGUCGCGCCUCACACCCGACAUGGAGAGAAAGUUGGUGUUCCUAACGAGUCAGGUGCGUUUCGGUAACCAUAAACGAUAUCAGGACUGGUUUCAGAGGCAAUAUCUUGCCACCCCCGAAUCUCAAUCGUUAAGAUGUGAUCUCAUACGAUUUAUCGUUGGCGUCAUUCAUCCGACGAACGAACUAUUGUGUUCAGACAUCAUUCCCCGAUGGGCAGUUAUUGGCUGGCUGUUUACAACUUGCACGUCGACUGUUGCGGCGAGUAAUGCGAAAUUGGCUCUCUUUUACGACUGGCUGUUCUUCGAUCCCGAGAAGGAUAAUAUUAUGAAUAUUGAGCCGGCAAUUUUGGUAAUGCACAAUUCAAUGAGAUCACAUCCUGCCGUCACUGCCACGCUUUUAGAUUUUCUAUGCAGGAUAAUACCAAAUUUUUAUCCGGCGCUAACGGAGAAGGUGCGAAAUGGAAUAUUCUCGUCAUUGAGGCAAAUUUUGGAGAAAAGAGUUCUGCCGACUCUAAAUCCACUGUUUGACAGUCCGAAAUUAGAUCGUGAAUUACGGUGUAAAAUUCGUGAAAAUUUCAAAGAAUUUUGCCUCCCACCAAAUGCUGAUCUUGGUAAUAAGCUUCAAAUAUAUUCAGGUAAAAUGGAGGAACUUAGUAAAGAUCUAAGUCCAGGACUGAUGCUGGAGAAUACUGGCAUUGCAAUGACGGAAAAUAAUCACAUGGGAGCUGAAACGGAACCCGCCUUUAGCGACGAAGAAGAAGAAAUGCCCCUGAGGAUAGUGACAAAGUCUGAAGAUAUUCACGACGUUGAUAUACCACUGGCGAAAGUGAAACCGUUAAAAAAUGAAAAGAACUUGAAUUGCGUGACAAAAAGGGAGGAUAUAACGACGCAAUUGAAUUUAAUUUUAGAGCCCGAGGAAUUGAAGACUGCUAUUGAAUGUUUACAUAUUGAAAGUGAUAAUGAAUCGAGAUGUCAAACAAUGGAGAGGAUAGUGCAAAUGAUUGUCGAAGAUGAAAUUGAAACUGAAACAAUACCGGCAUUAGCUACUUGUAUUUCUUCCAUUCUCGCGUCGCAAAUAACCGCCGACAUUUUUCCCGCUGAUAAUCUUAAUGAAGAUGCAUUCGCCGACAGUAUAAGUACACCACUUUUUGUUAUGUUUAGAAAUCAAUUUCAACUCUGCAAGGAGGUUGAUAAUAGAAGAAAACUUCUCGCUCGUGUAUUAGCUGAAAUCCAAUCGAUUCAACCGCGAAUUGGUUAUAUUCUCUUAUAUUUUCUAAAGGUCUGGGGUAGAGAGGAAGAGAAACGAGAAGGCGAACCAAGUAACGUAUUGAAUGACGUGAAGGCGUCUGUCUACAAGGACUUUUGUUCUCAACGAGAGAAGAAGUUGGAUUCUUGUUUGGUAGCCGAUUUAAAGCUCUGCCAUGAAGAUAACAUACCGUUACUCUGUUACCUUGUACCUGACGUUUAUACGGAAUUUCAAAAUGUAGCGUUGGGAAAUAUUCAUCUCUUACAUUUAGUCGUAUCUACUGUUGAUCCAUGUCAACUUCAAGAUUUAGUUUGUCAAAUCAUGCAAGGACAUUUAAAAAUGCUUAAAAAAGAAUCCUUCUCGUCUCUAUUAACGGCGAGUUUGAAUUGGGAUACUUUCGAGCAAUACUGCUUCUGGCAGUUGAUAUUCGCACACGACUUUCCCAUUGAUUAUGUACUUCCAAUUCUGCCGAAACUUCAAUUUAAGGAAAAUGCGGAAGCACUCACUUCAAUUCUAUUGAUGUUGAAGCAAGAAAAACCCUCGUUAGAACUUUUGAAGCAAUUGUUCAAUCGACAAAGCGCAGAAGGCGACAUGUUUGUUGCGUCGGCACUUCGCUAUUGGUGUCGGGAUUAUGAGGAAAAACUUGGGGAGCUACUGGCAAAUCUGUUGAGUACACGAUAUCCUGCGACAAGUCCAAAUAAACGAAAGCGAACGGGUCCAAAGCAAAAUCAACAAUCGGGACCGCCGUCUGGCGAGCAAGUUCUCGGCCAUUUGGAUCAAUUGCGUCAGCAAUGUUUGUCAGCGUCUGAGUUGCAAUUAUAUCAGUCGGAGGGAAUGCAACGUGCACUUCAACAGGCGCAAGCGGCGAGUAGUGAUUCAUUGAGAAAAAGUUAUGGCGAUCUCUUUGCACUUGCCGAGGUUAAUGAGGAAAACCAACCGCCACCACCACCGCCGCCCACAAGUUCGUCGAGAAAGCACACGUCAACGUCAAUUGGAAGCAGUGCCGGCAAGGAGAGUUAUCGACGAGCUGGCGCAAGUACAAGGGAAAGAAAUGCAUUUAAGAGGCAACCACCGAGAGACAGGAAUUCAGAGAGUAGCGAGCAAAGCAGUGAAGAGGAAGAAAUCGUGAAAUCGAAGCAAGCGAGAAAGAGAAGAAAGACAACGAAAAAGAUAGAUUCGGAUAGCGACUGACCAUCUAGUGUCUUCAAUUGUCACAUGGACCACUUGAAGUGUGUGCAGAAAGCUACGCUAGCCUUAAGAUUGAUAAGGUAGUAUAAAUAUAUACAUAAAUAGGUCAAUGUAGUGAAUCUUUGUAAAUAACGUAUGUUGAAUUUCGAUCAUGAAGGUUUUUAGAGAAUCAAUUAUUAAUUAUUAUUAUUAUUAUUAUUAUUAUUAUUAUUAUUAUUAUUAUUAUUAACAUUAUUAUUAUUAUUAUUAAUAUUAUGAAAAGAAACAUUACGUCUAUUGAAAAUCACGAAUUAUGAACUUGAAUUUCUUUUUGACUAUUGUUCAUUUAUUUUAAGUGUUAAAAAAAUAGGAAAAAGACUUAUUUUCAAUUGUUUUUUUUAAAUGUUGAGAAAAAAUAAUUGAAAUUCAAAACAAAAAAACAAAUAAAAUUUGUCAGCGAAAAGAUUGAUUGUAAAAUAUUUAUCGAAUUGGUAUUAUUAAAUACCAAAUUUGUUUAAAAUUUUUUUAAUUAUAAAAAGUCUUGUACAUCUUUUCUUGAACAUCUUUUGACGAAACUAUUAAAUUAAUAUAAAACAAAUUACAAUUUCAUUAAUGUUAAUGAUAAUUUAAAUUUAAAAUGUCGAUCAAAAGUAGCAUAAACGUUUUUUUUUAAAUUAAAUUAUAAAAUUGAAAUUGCUUUUUUGUAAAAAAAAAGAAGAAAACAAUCUCAAAUUUAUUGAGAAUUUAAUGUUUUUUUGUAAUGAUGUUUUGUCAUACUCAUGAAAUUAUCUUGCAAUUUAAUGACACGGUUGCUUUUUUUUCUAUAUAUAAAGAAAAAGAUGAAAAAUUAUUGUAUAAGAAAAAGAAAAAACAGACAAAAGGGUCCCUAACUGUAUUUUGUAACACCGAUGUACCUUGAUUCUUAAACUUGAAAAGCUAUCGAUCGAGUCGAGGGAAGAGAAUUUUUGAUUUCGAUUUUUUUUUCUUUUAAAUUAUUGUUUAUUGUAAAAUUUAACUUUAUAGUAUUUUUAAAUUGAAAUUUUAUUUUUAAAUGCAUUGAUUCUUUGAAUCUUGAUUUUAUUUUCGUUUUUCUUUCUUUCCCUCUUUUAAAAUAAAUGUUUUCCCUCUCCCCUAAGAAAAAAAAAAAAAAAAAAAUUACAUAUCCUUUUGAUAUCGAAAUUUUGGAAUGAAAGUUUUUAUGAAUUGUAAAAUUCUUUUUGACAUUGAUCUUGAUCUGAUGGGCUUUCACUGUUGAAGUUACGUUUGAAAAAUUGUAUUGUACAUUUUCUUGUAAAAUCAGUUAAUCCAAAAAACUGGACAGUUACAUUUAUAUAUUAUGUAAGUUGUAAAUAAAUGAAAAAAAUCUAUAUAUAUAUUAUAUAUAUUAUAAAUAUAUUUAAAAAUUAAGAAUGCGAAAGCUAAGAUCAACAACAAUUACAGCAACAAUAACAACAAAAAUUAAAUAAAAGAAGGGUAAUUAAUUUUUUUUCCCAAUCUUCGAUAUUUGUCUAAUUUGCAAAAACUUUUGUUAAUUAUUAUUGAUAAUAUUGACAGGUUAAAAUUGCAAGAAUGAAUGAAUGAGAAUGAAUGACGAAGUAAAUAUGAUGAAAUUAAAAAAAGUGUUUUGCGAAAAUAAAAAAAGUAGUGAAAGUGAAAAAGAAAACUACGAUCGAUAGCGUUUACGUCGAUCGCAAGUCUGUGUACAAUUUAUUCGUAAACGCGCAAUGCAAAAAAAAAAAAAAACCUGUAGUUAUGAACGUUAUUUUAUUUUUGUUUUUUUUUUACUUUUCAAUGUAAAUAUCGACGAUAUUAAACAUAUUUAGGGCCAUGAUUAAUAGGCGAGAAACUUAACAAAAAAAGAAGAAAAGAAAAAUUCAAACAUUUCGCGAUAUCGACAGACAAAAAAAGUGUAAACAUUUAAUGUUUUUAACGAUCUUGUACACAUUCAUAUACAUGUAAAUAAUUCAAUACAUGAAUAGAUUAUCGAAUAUGAACAUUUAAUGUUUUUAACGACCUUGUACACAGGAUAAACGUAAUUGUAAAUAUAUAGAGAUUACCAAAUAAA